AUUCCAGUCAGCUGACGGCGAUGCGCGACCUUCAGAUGGUGACGUCAUAUCUAGUGGACCAACACGACACCGGAAGCUGUUUCAACAACACGGAUACUGACUCAUUCAACCAUCUCUUUAGCCUGGUAGCCAACAUACAACCGAAAACAUUAAAGCUCUUUAGACCAUUUUUUGUGUAAAUUGAUCUCGGUGUUUUUAACACACCGAUCUACUAUUUAACUUAAACGUUAAUUUAACGUAAAUGUUCAAUUUACAAAUGUGUUGAUUAUACUUAACCUAAGCUAAUCGUCAAUCCUAGCUAGCCCACCAUGAGCUCUCCAAGCUACUCUCCUCCUGCUAAAGAAGAGGUCUGCUGGACGGAGAAAGAGGGUCUGUGGCUGAACAUUGUCGUGAAAGAAGAGGGGGAGGAUGUUUCAGUAAAAGGAGAGGAAGAAGCUUUCAGAAUGAAAGAGGAGGCUAUCAGUAUCACAUUGAAAGAAGAGGAAGAACCUUUUGGAGUGGAAGAGGAGGCUAUCCCAAUAAAAGAGGAGGAAGACGCUUGGAGAGAUGAAGAGGAGACUGAAGAUCUGAUUAACACCCGAGAGAGACCAAACUCUCAUGAUGACAGCGGGAAGAGUCCUUCAGGGAAACCAGACCCGGCGACGCCCAAACCAACGAGACGACAUCAGUGCUCCCACUGUGGGAAGAGUUUUCCCUGGUUAAAGGCCCUGAAGCAGCAUAAGAAAAAACACUCUGGAGAGAAGCCUUACCGCUGUUCUCAAUGUGGAAUGACUUUUACCUGGGCAGGAAGCCUAUGGGGGCAUAAGAGAAUACACUCUGGAGAGAAGCCUUACCACUGCUCCCACUGUGAAAAUAGUUUUAGGAAGUUAGGUGACCUGAAGGCGCAUGAGAGGACACACACGGGAGAAAAGCCCUACCAAUGCUCCCAGUGUGGAAAUAGUUUUAGCAAGCUGGGGAACCUAAAACAGCAUAAAAGAACACACACAGGAGAAAAGCCCUACCAAUGCUCUCAGUGUGGAAAGAGUUUUAGCCAUUCAGGGAGCCUUAAAGACCACGAGAGGAGACACAGACAAGAAAAACCCUACCAAUGCUCCCUGUGUGGAAAGAGUUUUAUCAAGUUAGGGGCCCUGAAUCGGCAUGAGAGGACACACACUGGAGGGGAUAAAACGUACCACUGCUCCCUGUGUGAAAAGAGUUUUAACCGGUUAAGACAUCUGAAUAAGCAUGAAAGAAUACAUACACAGGAGGAGAAGACAUACCACUGCUCUCAGUGUGGAAAGACAUUUUCCCAGUCAGAGGACCUGAAAUCACAUGAGAGAAUAGAGAGGCUGUGUUCUGACUUGUGCUUUUAACUGAGAAUUAGUGUUUUUGUUUCAUGUUGUUUAUGAUUUAACCUGUCUAUAUAAUACAUAACUGUACUAUAACACACACAGGAGAGAAAACCUUCCACUCAUUUUGCUUUUGACUGAGAAUUAAAGUGUUUUUUGUUUCAUGUUGUUUAUGAUUAAACCUGUACAUAACAGUACUAUAACACACACAGGAGAGAAAACCUUCCACUGUUCUCAUUUAGCCUUUGACUGAGAAUGAAGUGUUUUUUGUUUCAUGUUGUUUAUGAUUAAACCUGUCUAUAUAAUACAUAACAGUACUAUAACACACACAGGAGAGAAAACCUUCCACUGUUCUCAUUUAGCCUUUGACUGAGAAUUAAAGUGUUUUUUGUUUCAUGUUGUUUAUGAUUAAACCUGUCUAUAUAAUACAUAACAGUACUAUAACACACACAGGAGAGAAAACCUUCCACUGUUCUCAUUUAGCCUUUGACUGAGAAUGAAGUGUUUUUUGUUUCAUGUUGUUUAUGAUUAAACCUGUACAUAACAGUACUAUAACACACACAGGAGAGAAAACCUUCCACUGUUCUCAUUUUGCUUUUGACUGAGAAUGAAGUGUUUUUUGUUUCAUGUUGUUUAUGAUUAAACCUGUACAUAACAGUACUAUAACACACACAGGAGAGAAAACCUUCCACUGUUCUCAUUUAGCCUUUGACUGAGAAUGAAGUGUUUUUUGUUUCAUGUUGUUUAUGAUUAAACCUGUCUAUAUAAUACAUAACAGUACUAUAACACACACAGGAGAGAAAACCUUCCACUGUUCUCAUUUGGCUUUUGACUGAGAAUUAAAGUGUUUUUGUUUCA